AUGACGGACCAAACCAACAUUCACGAGGAAGGAAACCCUCUCGGUGGAGAGAACGUUAACGUCCCAACAGAACAAGGAGGAGGAAUUCCCGGGGAAAACGCCGAAACUGUAGCCAGCCAAACCCCCGCAGCCGUAGGAGGAUACGGGACUGAAUUGCUGCUCCAAGUGUUCAACGCCCAAUUUGAGGCCAUUAACAAAAGGAGCGAGGAACGUUUCAGUCAGAUGGCAGCACAAAUCGCCAAGCUCAGUCAAGCACGAACUCCCUUUCGAGUUCGGAACAUCAUUGACGAUCUUAAUACUGACGGAGAUCCAGCCGAAACUAUGAGGUCUACCGCAGUUGGAUCAGCGAAUGCACCAGCAUCGGAGUUAAGCCGAGACGCCAAGUUCAAAGCAAUGAAGGCGCAACUUCGCGAUAUCACUUCGAAGAUACAUCAAGCAACAAGCGCGGCUCCGGAGAUCGAGCGCGUCAUUCAGGAAACACAGAAGACACCAUUCACACCGCGCGUAGCAGGGACGCCGGUCAAACACAUGGAGAAACUGAAGAUAAAGGUCUAUGAAGGCAAUACUGACCCUCGGCACUUUUUGACGUCAUUUGGCAUCUGCAUGAAUCGCUACCAGUUCAAAUCUGCCGAGGAGAGAGAUGCAGUUCAGUGCCAAUUAUUUGUGGAAAGUCUGGGAGGAGUAGCUCUCGACUGGUUCUCGCGACUCGAGGCCAAUUCGAUCGAUAACUACAAAGAGUUAACGACGGCCUUCGUCAAGCACUUCUCCAUGUUCAUCGGACAAAACACCAAGAACUCCGAGCUCUGGCAAAUAGCCCAAGGACCAAGUGAGAGCCUUCGCGAUUUCAUCCAGCGCUUCAAGACGAUUGUCGCUAAUUGUACUAUUAGCGAUGAAGCCACCCUCUUAUGCCUUCAGAAAGGAGCUCGGAUAAAGACUAGCUUCCGAAGCGCGAUCACGCAUAACCCUCCACAGACGUUAGAGGACGCACUACACCAAGCUAAUACUUACAUCGCCGAGGAGGAAGAAGAAGCUGCUUACGAGCAGAGUUAUUCGACAAAGCAACCCGAACGUUCGAAAGCAAUAACUAACGAACCACAGUCAGGAUACGGCCGAGGAUACAAAAAUCAUAAGAAGUUCUACGCUAAUGCAAUCCAACAACCGACCAAACAGUGGAACAAUAAAUGGGUCCGCGGUGAAGAAGAUCAGGACGAGUCUUUGUUCUACGAAUUCCAUAACCGUAGAGGACAUAGCACCGAAGAAUGCAGACACCUGCGUGAAUACCUACUCGGCCAAUAUCGACAGGGGCCAAUCUCAGUUGACGAUCUCCGUCGCUUAAACGCGCCCAAGAACAGUGGACAGACCUCGAUCGAUGAUCUCCGUCGUUCAAACAUGCCUCGACCGAAUAAUGCGCAGCUCGAGAACGCAAUCACUAAGGAUCCACCAACUCCACCAACUUUACCGGCGUUACCACCGCCGCCACCGAAUCCGCCUGCUUUGCCCGAACAACAGAAACGGAAUCACGACGACCGAGCACAAGAGAACCAUGCUCCCAAAGCAAGGAAACGCGUCAACAUGAUAAUGGGAGCCAUCGAGACUUGCAGCUACUCGGUUCGAGCUAUCAAAGAAUACAGUCGACAGGCCGCCAGCGCGCCCAAAGUCCCACAAGAUCCGCCGAAGGGGACGCCGUUGGUAUUUAUCGAAGCCAACACAAUCGGGCUGCAUAAACCGCAUAACGACGCCCUCGUCGUCGAACUACUUCUUGACGACGUCGAAGUUAGCCGCAUUCUCGUCGAUACAGGCAGUUCGGUCAACAUCAUCUUCAAGGAAGCACUUGAUCAGCUCGAUUUAUCGUCCGAUAGGAUUGAGCCUUUUAUCGAGCCACUUACAGGUUUCGAUGGAGAACGCUGCAUGACGGUCGGCAUGGUCAACAUCCUGAUCUACCUCGGUGGAGUUGCAAAAAUUAUCCAGUUCCUCAUCCUCGACAAACCAGCGAUCUACAACGCUAUUCUUGGUACACCUUGGUUACACGCGAUGAAAGCGGUCGCCUCGACCUACCAUCAAUGCCUGAAGUUCCCGACUCCCGACGGUGUCUACACUCUCCGAGGAAACCAAGCCAUCGCUCGAUCAUGCUACAUAAAUGAAUGCAAACUUUAUUCAGCCAACCAAGCUUGUGUCAUCAGUUCGUUAGGACCGACGAACGAGCUCGUUGCCCAGCAGACGAAGCCUAAGCAGGAGUCGAUCGUUCAAGUUUGCAUCGACGAACUGAGGCCAGAGCGUUAA